AUGGCUCCACAGGCAAACAACACCGAAACCGCAUUCGUAUCGAAGACCCAGCACUAUCUGAAGGUGAAGAAGCCGCUGCUGGAGCGCCAGCGCCGCGCCCGCAUGAACAAGUGCCUCGACACGCUCAAGACACUGGUGGCCGAGUUCCAGGGCGACGAUGCCAUACUGCGCCUGGACAAGGCCGAGAUGCUCGAGGCAGCACUUGUCUUCAUGCGCAAACAGGUCGUCAAGCAACAGGCGCCGGUCUCACCCCUGCCGAUGAACAGCUUCAAGAACGGCUACAUGAACGCCGUCAGCGAGAUCUCCCGUGUGAUGGCCUGCACUCCGGCCAUGAGCGUCGACAUUGGCAAGACGGUGAUGACACAUCUGGGCGUCGAGUUCCAGCGCAUGCUUCAGUCCGAUCAGCAGCAGCCCCAGCCCCAGCAGCAGCAGCCAACGCCAACCCAAUUGGAAUCCUCUUCACGUCCUGCCAGCCCUGCCUCUUCGGGGUAUCACAGCGAUGCCGAGGAAUCCGAGGCUGCUGCCAGCCCCAAGCCAGACACCAUGUGGCGUCCCUGGUAA